AUGGGAGCAAUGUUUGGUAAUGUGGAAGACUAUGGAGAGAUGUUUCAAGACAUUAGUGUUGAGACAAGAGGUGCAUCACUUUCUACGAGAAAUCAAAUUGGAAAUCCUGUCCUGUACAAGCUUGUUCGGGUUGCAAAAGAUGGGAGAUUAGUUCCUGCAACCGAUGAAGAAAUAUUGGAGGUCGAGGAUUUGCUUGAGAACAAGGAGAAUGAUAUGCCUAUCCUACCAGAUCCUGGACAAACUGAGGGGUACAUUCCCGAUGAAGGGUCACCUUCUCAGUUCCUGCGGCUAGAAAGUUUAGAAGGCUUAUUCCAGUCGGAAACUGCGGAAGCUUACACAGAAAAAUUAAUUUCUCCACUUGAGUUUAAAGAGGAGCUGUUCCAUGGAUUUACUCUUCCGGAUACCAAGUUUCAGAGUUCUAAUGAGUUGUAUGGGAAUGAAGAACAAUUCCUUUCCGAAUUUUUGCUGCAGGAACCUAUUUGUUAUUCAUCAAAUGGAUGCAGUAUGAAUCAAUCUAUGGAUGUGUCACCAUAUUCAAAUGCUACAUGUAGUCCUAAAGAAGCUUCAUUGUCAACUGCUGCCUCAAAACCUGAUUCUUUUGGAGUAAGUGGUGAUAUGUCCUUAGAUAAUCUUUCAAUUAAAGAAUUGCAAGAAACAUUCAGAGCCACGUUUGGUCGUGAAACUACUGUCAAAGACAAACAAUGGCUCAAGGGGAGGAUCACAAUGGGAUUGAUCAAUUCAUGUGGUGUUAUAACGACUAGCCCGACUAUUGUAGAUAAUAAACUGGUUGGUGGAGGUCAAGAUAACUAUAAUGAUAGCAAGAAUACAGUUGAUGAAGAAAGACGUGCUAGCUGCAAAGAUACACCAUCUAGUCCUGAUUGCAUAAAGGAGCAUUCAAAUGAUUGUGUGAAUAGUCCUGUUGAAACUUUUGUGGACCAUUAUUCUGGAAAUGAAGAUUUUGAAGGUGAGCAUAGGCCAGUGAAAAGAGCAAGGAAGCCUACAAGGAGAUUUAUUGAAGAAAUUUCAAAAACCGAUGAAAAACAGCAAAGUGAGGAGUCAGUGAUCCCUUCAAAAGAUCAGAAGUCAAGUCAAGCCAUUUCUUCAGGAGGGAGAGUUGUUGUCACCAGGAUGGUAUCUCUUGCGGGUUCCAGAAUUCAGGUUCCCUAUGUGUCUCAUGUCAGGAGAAGCCGUCCGAGAGAAAACAUGACAGCUCUUGGGGAUUUUCCUUCCAUUCCAUGGGAGAUGGAUGCUAUGCCCGAAGAGAGCGACCUGAACUUAGUCCCGUCUCUGUUGAACAAUGACCUGAACCGAGUUUCAGGUGUCAAAUCUGCCUCUGGGCCUGCCAAGAAAGAAGAUGACAAGGACCACUUGAACCUUAUUCUAACUGAGGUGGAUCAAGACAUGAUGGAGCCAGAGCACUUAGACUCAUCUGGAGACAGUUCAGAUGAUAGUGUUGAUAAUAAUAAUCAUGUUGGUCUACGAAUCACGCAAAAUGCAUUUAGAAGGAAGCAUCAUCGAUCAUGGACUCUCUCUGAAGUUAAAAAACUAGUCGAAGGAGUUUCCAAGUACGGAGUAGGAAAGUGGUCUGUGAUCAAAAGGCUUUCAUUUCCAUCAUACUCGCAUCGUAGCCCAGUGGAUAUCAAGGACAAAUGGCGAAAUUUACUCAGGGCAAGCUUUGCUCAUACUCAUUCAGACAGAAUGGGAAGUCUUAAGAAACACGGGUCAAUGGCCAUUCCUAGUCAAAUUAUGUUGCAAGUAAGAGAGCUUGCUCAGAAGAAAUCACUGGUUUCACUGGUUAGCAAGACUAGAAUGGUGAAGAAAUCAAGAAACCGUUUCUUGUAG